AUGCAAAAGAAGACUGUCCAACAAGUUGUCUUCCUCACAGAUGCUCUCUCAGUCCUACAAGCCUUGCAAGGGGAAAAACUUCCUCACCUGAAUGAAGCCAUGCAAGAGGUAGCCAAAGGAAAGACGAGUACUCUACAGUGGAUCCCAGCACAUUGUGGGAUUCCAGGAAAUGAGGACGCAGACAGGCUAGCCAAGCUAGGAGCUAAUCAUGUACAGCCCAGCAACACAUUAGCUUCUCAGAGAAGAAACACCUUGAUAAAGGCAGCCAACAGACCCCAGACAGAACAAGAUGAUUACCACCUUCUCAGUCGCUUGGAACAAGUAACACUGUUGAGACUCCGGACAGGCCACAACCGACUGAAUGCUCACAUGUUCAGAAAGUUUAAACUUGCAGCAACACCAACCCUGCAGUUGUGGCCUGGAAGACCAAACAGCAGAACACAUCUUACAGGCGUGUCCAAUUCAUCAAGACCUGAGACAAGCUGA